GCCCGCGGCGCGCGGCUCCGGAGAGGCGCCCGCAGCCCGGGGCGGCGCGCACCGUCUCGCCCGCGCUCCGAGCGGUGCCUUCUCCCCGCGACUCUCUGCACCUCUUCAGCGCAAAGACUUUCUGAAACAAUGGCAACCCCACGGGGAAGGACAAAGAAAAAAGCAUCUUUUGAUCAUUCUCCAGAUAACCUUCCUUUGAGGAGCUCCGGGAGGCAGGCGAAGAAAAAAGCAACAGAGACGACAGACGAGGACGAAGACGGUGCAUCAGAGAAGAAGUACAGGAAGUGUGAAAAGGCGGGCUGCACGGCAACGUGUCCCGUGUGCUUUGCAAGUGCUUCUGAAAGAUGUGCCAAAAAUGGCUACACAUCCCGAUGGUAUCACCUCUCCUGUGGGGAGCAUUUCUGUAAUGAAUGCUUUGACCAUUACUACAGAAGCCAUAAGGAUGGAUAUGACAAAUAUACUACGUGGAAAAAAAUAUGGACUAGCAAUGGAAAAACUGAACCUAGUCCCAAAGCUUUCAUGGCAGACCAGCAGCUACCCUACUGGGUUCAGUGUACAAAACCUGAGUGUAGAAAAUGGAGACAACUUACCAAGGAAAUCCAGCUUACUCCGCAGAUAGCAAGGACCUAUCAGUGUGGUAUAAAACCAAAUACUGCUGUUAAGCCAGAGACCUCAGAUCACUGUUCUCUUCCAGAAGAUCUAAGAGUGUCGGAAGUUUCCAACCAUUGGUGGUACUCCAUGCUCAUCCUACCUCCUUUGCUGAAAGACAGCGUGGCAGCACCCCUGCUCUCUGCCUACUACCCCGACUGCGUUGGCAUGAGCCCCUCUUGCACCAGCACAAACCGCGCAGCCAGCGACGCCAGCCCCGGGAAGCUGGAGCACUCCAAGGCAGUCCCCUCUGUGCUGGUUCCAGGCAUGAACCGGUACUUCCAGCCUUUCUACCAGCCCAACGAGUGCGGCAAAGCCCUGUGUGUGAGGCCAGACGUGAUGGAGCUGGACGAGCUCUAUGAGUUCCCGGAGUAUUCCCGAGACCCCACCAUGUACCUGGCUCUGCGGAACCUCAUUCUUGCACUGUGGUAUACUAACUGCAAAGAAGCUCUUACUCCUCAGAAAUGUAUUCCUCACAUCAUUGUCCGGGGCCUCGUGCGCAUUCGAUGUGUUCAGGAAGUGGAGAGGAUACUUUAUUUUAUGACGAGAAAAGGUCUCAUCAACACAGGAGUUCUCAGCGUCAGUGCCGACCAGCAUCUUCUUCCUAAAGAUUACCACAAUAAAUCAGUCAUAAUUAUCGGGGCUGGUCCGGCAGGAUUAGCAGCUGCUAGGCAACUGCAUAACUUUGGAAUUAAGGUGACUGUCCUGGAAGCCAAAGACAGAAUUGGAGGCCGAGUAUGGGAUGAUAAAUCUUUUAAAGGUGUCACGGUGGGAAGAGGAGCCCAGAUUGUCAAUGGCUGUAUUAACAACCCAGUAGCACUAAUGUGUGAACAACUUGGCAUCAGCAUGCAUAAAUUUGGAGAAAGAUGUGACUUAAUUCAGGAAGGUGGAAGAAUAACUGACCCCACUAUUGACAAGCGCAUGGAUUUUCAUUUUAAUGCUCUCUUGGAUGUUGUCUCUGAGUGGAGGAAGGAUAAGACUCAGCUCCAAGAUGUCCCUUUAGGAGAAAAGAUCGAGGAGAUCUACAAAGCUUUUAUUAAGGAAUCUGGUAUCCAGUUCAGUGACCUGGAAGAACAGGUGCUUCAGUUCCAUCUCAGUAACCUGGAGUACGCCUGUGGCAGCAACCUCCAUCAGGUGUCUGCUCGCUCCUGGGACCACAAUGAAUUCUUUGCCCAGUUUGCUGGUGACCACACUCUCCUAACUCCCGGAUACUCGGUCAUCAUUGAAAAACUGGCCGAAGGACUAGACAUUCGGCUCAAAUCUCCAGUGCAGAGUAUUGAUUAUUCUGGAGAUGAAGUGCAGGUUACCACAACAGAUGGGACAGGGUGUGCAGCCCAGAAGGUAUUAGUCACUGUACCACUGGCCUUACUGCAGAAAGGGGCCAUCCAGUUUAAUCCACCAUUGUCAGACAAGAAGAUGAAGGCUAUCAACAGUUUAGGCGCAGGCAUCAUUGAAAAGGUUGCCUUGCAAUUUCCUUAUCGAUUUUGGGACAGUAAAGUUCAAGGGGCUGACUUUUUUGGUCACGUUCCUCCUAAUGCCAGCAAGCGAGGGCUUUUUGCCGUAUUCUAUGACAUGGAUCCCCAGAAGAAGCACAGCGUGUUGAUGUCAGUGGUCGCUGGGGAGGCGGUGGUGUCCGUGAGGAGCCUGGACGACAAGCAAGUGCUGCAGCAGUGCAUGGCUACCCUGCGCGAGCUGUUCAAGGAGCAGGAAGUCCCAGAUCCCACAAAGUAUUUUGUCACUCGGUGGAGCUCAGACCCCUGGAUCCAGAUGGCCUACAGUUUUGUGAAGACAGGUGGGAGCGGUGAAGCCUACGAUAUCAUUGCUGAAGAAAUACAAGGAACGAUCUUUUUUGCUGGCGAGGCAACAAACAGGCAUUUUCCACAAACUGUUACAGGCGCAUAUUUGAGUGGUGUUCGAGAAGCAAGCAAGAUUGCAGCAUUUUAAAUAGAACUUGUCUGGACCCAGCUUCCUUCUGUACCCUAAAUGGGAAGUUUGAAACACGUUAAACCUCACUUUCGUAAAAUCAAACAAAAAAACUCUCUCUGGAUAGCAAAAUAGAAAUGUUUCUAAGGUGGUAUAACAUAAACCCAUUUCACUACUCUGAAAGCACUAGACCCAAGAAUCCUUUUAUAAGCACUUAUAUUUAAUUGCAUUUUCCACAGGUCUGACUAGUGCUAAAUCUUCUGGAUUUCAGAAUAAGGCAGAAUAUAACCUUAAUUUAAGACCUUGGAUAUGAUUCUUCCAUGGUUGGAGAUUCCCUUUAAAUUUGACAUUUUGUUUGGCUGAUCGAUUUUCACACAUUGAGAAUGCAAGUCAAUCAAGCAGGAAUCACUAAAAAACCAGAUAAAGCCAUGUAUUUUUCUUCUAUGACAAUUUAUCAGUAUCUUUGUCAAUGAGCCUUAAGAUUUUUAUAUAGCUCUAAUAUGGAGCUUUUACAUAAAAUUUAGAUAAAUUUUUCCUUUUGGGAUACAGCCCAAACUCUUCAGUCAAAGGUAAAUGAAGCUUCUAGACUAUUUUAUAUUGUACAUAUUUCUUCCCAUUGGGUGUUCAAAAGAAAUUUAAAUUCAGGUAUCUUUUGUGAUAAAACAUUUUAGAUUUGUGCACUCAUUGGCAAAACAGCAAAACUUUCAAUUCCUUAAACAGUAUAGGUGUUGUGUCUUUGAGCAUGGGGUAGAGAUAGUGUGGUCUUCAUACUUGAGACAAAGAAAAUAUGGCUAUUUUUCUUAGAGCCAAGUUUGGGCGGAUAGCACACUUUAAAUAGCCUUAAUUUUGGCAACCACUGGCAAAAAGAUCUUGUCAGAUGACAUCAUAAAAGCCUCUGCACUGCCUCUUUUUAAAAUAACUGACUUAAUCUGUAGGAAUAUUAUUUACAGAAUUAUGUUUUCAGUAUUCUGUAGGCAGGUCCACUGGAAAACUGCAGAAAAAUGUGAGCUAUCCUGGUAAUUAUUACACGUUUUAUAAGCCAUAUCUUAAAAGCCCGAGAACAUGGCAAAUACUUACUUUUUCCUUUUUUCAUUCAUGACAAAAACAUGUCAUUUAAGAUAAACAUUGGUUUCCGGGUCUUCAGGAUGCUUAUCUUGCCAAGAAACUUCAGUUUACAGAUUAGAAACACAGUGGCUAACUUAAGUGCUUUUGUUUUAAAAAGUCUUUGAACAAUUCUUUCAGUUAUAUUGGUCUGCUGAAAAAAGGGACUCAAAAUGACUUUAAAGCCACUUUUCAAAAUAUUAGGUAUUUUUAAAAUUUAACGUUGUCAGCUUAUAAGUAGAAAUAGUAAGUAUUUUAUGCAAAGAAUGUAUGGUGAACUUUAGUUUAGAUACACCUCCCUCCCCAUCAAAGUAUGAUACAAGUGAAAGAAAGCAAAUAGCAGUUGAUUAGUUUCCAAGUUAAUGCAGGGAAAUGUUGAUAUUUAGGUUAUCUGAUGAGACUCAUUGGUACUGACUGGGAAGUAUUCUGCUUUAAAGUAUUAUGUAUUAAAAUGUUUAAAGAAUAGCAUGUGUUAAGUGAUAAAUACAAAAUAUUUAAAGUUUGAAACGGUUCACAGUAAAUUAUUACCUUAGUAUCUGGGCACUUAAACUCGUACUGUGCCACAAGCAAACUAAAGAAAAACCUACUUAAAUAGUACGGUAAACAUGUAUUUAAAGAAAACACCUCAUUUCUUGUCUCAAGUGACAUACUUCAUUUGACAUUUUGUUCUUCAGGGAACCACGGUACUUUUAUUCUUGAGUUACUUUGUUUUUCACUGUUUUCUGAAGAGUUUGUAAUUGAGUAGCAGUGAAUACAGUGUUUUUCACUGCAGAUUGUGUGUAAAACUGCUUAAUAAAAACUAGAUUUUUCAAAUACACUGUG